AUGGAGCCCCAGCAGCCGCUGCUGGCCGCCCUGUGCCUGCUGGGAGUGCUGGUCACUUCCUGCCUCGGAGGGCCCAACUUGUUGGACUCAGACCUCCAGGUGAGACUACAAGGCUCCAACUCUCAGUGCCAGGGCCAGCUGGAGGUCCAGUUUGAUGGCAAGUGGCACACGGUGGACAGCCGGAGCUGGGGCCUGAGCCCGGAACGCUGGGAGGACCCCAAGGAGGCCUCCAAGCUCUGCAGGAGGCUGAACUGCGGGGACGCCUUGGUCCUGGCCCACAUCUCGUACUUCAACAGCCCCCAGAACCAUGUCACCUGCCAAGGGCAGCUGGGGUCCUUCUUCAACUGCAACGUCAGUGUGCCAAACCAGAGGGCCCCUCUGGGCCUCAUCUGCUCAGAGCCACCGAAGACAAGCCCUCCUACCACAAGGCCACCACCCACAUCACCAGAACCCACAGCUCCUCCCAGGCUGCAGCUGGUGCCAGGGCCCAAGGGCCUGCAGUGCGCGGGCGUGGUGGAAUUCUACAGGGGCAGCCUGAGUGGCACCAUCAGCUAUGAGGGCCAGGAUGGGACCAAGGACCUGGGGAACCUCAUCUGUGGGGCCCUCCAGUGUGGCUCCUUCUUGAAGCACCUGCCAGAGGCCGAGGCAGCUGAGACUCAGGCCCCAGGGGGGAUCAGGCCCUUGCCAAUUCAAUGGAAGAUCCAGAACACCAGCUGUACCUCCCUGGAGCAGUGUUUCAGAAAAGUCCAGCCCCAGGAGGAGGGCCAAGCUCUCGCCCUCAUCUGUUCUGGUUUCCAGCCCAAGGUGCAGAGCCGCCUGGUGGGGGGCAGCGGCAUGUGUGCAGGCUUCGUGGAGGUGCGCCAGGGCCGGCGGUGGGCGGCCCUGUGCCACAGCCUCCCCGACAGAGGCUCCUCGCGGUGGGAGGAGGUGUGCCAGGAGCAGCAGUGCGGCGGCGUCCACUCCUACCAGGUGGUGGGGGCCGGCGAGAAGACCUCCCGGGGGGCCUUCUGCCUCUCAGAGAAGCUGUCGCAGUGCCACCAGCUUCAGGAGACAGCCCACUGCAAGAGGGUGUUUGUCACAUGCAAGGACCCGAACCCGGCGGGCCUGGGCGCAGGCGCCGUGGCGAGCAUCAUCCUGGCCCUCGUGCUCCUGGCGGUGCUGCUGGUCAUGUGCGGCCCUCUCGCCUACAAGAAGCUGGUGAAGAAAUUCCGUCAGAAGAAGCAGCGCCAGUGGAUUGGCCCCACAGGAAUGAGCCAGAACAUGUCUUUCCACCGCGAUCACGCGAUGACCGUCCGCCGAUCCCAGGUCGAGAACCCCGCAGCCUCCCAUGUGGAGAAUGAGUACAGUCAGCCUCCCAGGAACUCCCAAGUCUCAGCUUAUCCAGCUCUGGAAGGGGCCCUGCAUCGCGUCUCCACUCAGCCCGACAACUCCUCUGACAGCGACUAUGACCUACAUGGGGCCCAGAGGCUGUGA